GUAGUUCCAGUUCCCAAAUUCCAACUCAACUGUCCCCCUUCACACUCGCUCGCUCCGAUACCUAUGAGCCAUGGCCUCAUCUUUAAGCUAACCAUUUAAGUCGCUUGUACAGUUUCACUUCACUUCUCUUUAAUCUGAAACAACAACAAAACAAAAUUUCAAACAGCAACCAAAUCUCCCAUCUUUCCAUUUAAUGGCCGAUUGGGGGCCGGUAUUGAUUGGUGUGGUUCUGUUCGUGCUGCUGACUCCGGGACUUCUCUUUCAGAUUCCCGGACACAGCCGCCACCUGGAGUUUGGAAGCAUGAAAACUAACGGCAAGGCUAUUGCUGUUCACACUCUCAUCUUUUUCACUCUCUACGCUAUUCUCAUCUUGGCUGUUCAUGUUCACAUCUAUACUGGAUGAUCAUGAAACAAUACUCAACCGCAUGAACCAGAAUGGAGAUUCCACUUGUGCUCAUGUUCCCAAAUUCUACCACCCUUAUCCUUGCUGGUAGCUGGAAUAAUAGACCCGGUGACAAUAGGAUGAACAAAACCACUGCUACAACAACUGGUCCCCAAUCGGCACUCAUCUCUCUCUCUCUCUCUUUCUGACACGCAAACAGCCUCUUGGAAGGAGAUGUCGAAUUUUUGGAAUCUCUCGCUUCAAGAAAACAUGAGCAAAGACAGGGAUGUGCAUUCAAAUAUGUAGGAGGGCCUUCUGAGAGGAAUGAGACUAAUUUUCUUCCUGAUUAAGGAGAUGGUGAUGCGAAACUUAGUGAGAAAGAAGAGGAUAGGUUUAAAGGGGAGUAAAGGUAUGCGUCUGCGGUGGGUUUCCUUUAUGGGUAUGUAAAGAAAGAAAGACAGAAAGAAAGAAAGAAAGAAAGAAGCUAACUUUUCUUUCACCCACUACAAAUAAUUACUCGUUGGAAGGCUUCUUUUUUCUGGCUUUAGAGAUUGAUGAAGAUGAGGAUCCUUUAUUAAAGAAACCAUAAUAAAAGAAACAAAUUAGGGC